AUCUGGCUCACCUCCGUAACAGACGCCCUCCACCCCACCCCCUCCAACCGCCUCUACCUCCACGGCUUCGACAUCUCGCCCGCGCAAUACCCGUUCACGAAGGACGUCAACCCCUCCCAUGAAACUUUUUUCUCGGUACAUGACAUGCGUGGCCGGUUUCACGAGGACCAACGUGGACGGUACGAUCUUGUGCACCUGCGAUUGUUAGUCGUGGCAUUGAAAGAGGAAGAUUAUCCUGUUGUGGUUCGGAAUGUGGUCGAGUUACUGAAACCUGGCGGCUACCUCCAAUGGGACGAAUGCGAUGCCUCGGCCUUCAACACCGCCGAAGACCCCCCCCUCUCCCACAUCGCGCUGGUCAAGGCUUCUGAUGGGACUAGAUGCUUAAAUUAG